UGACGAACAUGUCAAAAAGAAAAGGAGAAAAAGAGAUAGAAUGCAGGACCUGCCUCUCUCUGAUGGUGGUAGGGAUUAUCAUAAGGAGAUGGUGUGGGGAGGAGACCAGUGGUACAUGGUCGGUGGAGCCAGGUACAAAGAUUCGGAGUGUCCCUCCCCCUCCAAUAAAGUGUUGGUGUACUCGUAUGAGACCAAAGAGUGGAGGCCAGUGGCUCCAUUGAAUGUUGCCAGGAUGGAGCAUUCCCUUUGUGAAUUAGAUGGCUAUAUAUUUGCUAUUGGUGGAAUAGGUGAAGGCAAUCGCUUGCUUUCAUCGGUGGAGUGUUAUAAUCCUAGAACCAAUUGUUGGUUCUAUGUGAAGGCAGUCCCUGAGCCCAGGGCUGCUGCCUCUACCUCGGCUGAGGGGGGCAAUGUUUGUCUGAAAGGGGGAUACAGUCAAAUGAAUCAUGGGCAGCCCUCCAGUUUUUACUAUGAGAACAAAGUUAAAUUGUUCUACAACAUGGAAACCAAUAAGUGGUCAAGAAAAUUCUGAGGCCCAUCCAUCAAACUGAAAUCUUUUUUGGAGUUUUUUUUUUUUUAAGGACAAUUUUAAAAUCUAAACUUGAUCAAAUUUAAAUCUUUAUUGUCAGUGUAAUUUUUUUGAAGUGGAUAUUUUAGAAACAUUUAUGUAAAAUGGGGCGAAAGUAAUUAAAUUGUAUGCAACUGUU